CGGUUGCCAAGAGACUGGUGACUUUGGAAAAUCCCUGGCACGACAGCGUCUCGUGAGGACAUUUCAUACUCGUUUGGAAAGCAGGAAGGACCAUCGACGCUAUGAAUCGGGCUCGACGCAUGAGGACUUGGAUGAGCCGCAAGGCAGCGAGGCUCUUCGGCUGCUGCCGAGGGCAGACAGAAGAAGAAUCCGACACCGACGACGACUCUUCGUCCCUUUCUUCUUUCUCGUCCGAAUCCGAGAUUUUGCCCGGACUCCAAGAUUCCCGCGAGCUGUCGUCCGACAGUUCCACGACCUCCACGACCUCCUCGAGCGGAGAGAUGGAUCCAUAUGCCUCGUCGUUCGACAGCCCGACCCCUGACGAAUCCGAAUCUCUGACGUGCGUCGGGGAUCUGCAUUUCGUGUGGCGUUACCACCCCGACGGCCGGAAAUACGUUCGAUAUACGAUCCUCUUCCGAGACCUCAACGCUCGACUGACUUGCAUCACGAUGAUCGGUUCACCCGUCGAGAACGUCGUCGUCUUCGGGGCCAAGUUCAAGCUGAUAUCCACGAACAGGUCCUUCACCACGAUGACCUACGCCUGCCACCGCGUCUUCCAUCCGGCGCGUCUCUGCCCGUCGCCCCCAGAUGGCAUCUGA